AUGCCGAGCCCUAUGAGCCUUGUAUACUACGUUUUUCACCCCAGUGAGCUACGCUCAAUCAUCCAAUGGAAGGUCUGGCACAACCCCAUCCACGAGCGCGAUGAAUCUAAAGACUGCGAAUCCCUCAAGCGAUGCUUCUACUUCCUUCCCAAGACCAGCCGCAGCUUCGCAGCCGUUAUUAUGGAACUGCACCCGGAUCUUCUCGUCCCAAUCACGAUAUUCUACCUGAUCUUGCGUGGCUUGGAUACAGUGGAGGAUGACAUGACGAUACCACUGGAGAAGAAGGAGCCAAUUUUGCGGAACUUUCAGAAUAUUUUGGAGCAGGAUGGUUGGACGUUCAACGAGAACGGUCCAAACGAAAGGGACAGGCAGCUCUUGGUCGAGUUCAAUGUGGUAAUCGAAGAGUUCAAGAAAAUCAAGCCCGCCUACAGGGACAUCAUUAAGGACAUCACCAAGCGCAUGGGGAACGGCAUGGCAGACUAUGUGAACAGCGCGGAGCAUAAAAUUCACCCAGUAAACACGAUUAAGGACUACGAGCUCUACUGCCACUAUGUUGCGGGUCUCGUCGGUGAGGGCGUAACGCGCCUCUUUGUUGAGGGUGGUCUGGCAAACGCGGCAUUGCUGAAGAAGCCGGAGCUCAUGGAGUCUAUGGGCCAAUUCUUGCAGCAAGUCAACAUUACUCGCGAUAUCAAGGAGGAUCUGGACGACGCCCGGCGAUUCUGGCCCAAGGAGAUCUGGUCGAAGCAUGUUGACAAGUUCGAGGACCUCUUUAAGCCGGAGAAUAAGGAGAAAGCCUUGAACGCAAGCUCUGAGAUGAUCCUGACCGCCCUGUCACGCGCCGACGACUGCCUUUACUACCUUGCGGGUAUCCGGGAACAGAGUGUUUUCAACUUCUGCGCCAUCCCGCAAUCUAUGGCUAUCGCUACGCUCGAUGCAUGCUUCCAGAACUACAGCAUCUUCGAGAAGAAUGUAAAGAUUACCAAAGGAGAGGCUUGUCAGCUGAUGAUCGAAUCAUCGCAAAAUCUGCAGCUCGUUUGCGACGUGUUCAGGCGGUAUGCACGCAAGAUCGCAAAGCGAAACAACCCACAUGACCCCAACUUCCUCAAAAUCAGCAUGACUUUAGGGAGGAUAGAACAAUUCAUUGAAUCAAUUUUCCCGACACAGAAACCUCCACUAGACAAGAAGUCCCCUGCCAGCGUGGAAGAGGCGGAGAGGAAGCGAAAGGCGGAUAACGAGGCUAAGUGGAAUCUCAUCUACAUAGGUACUACCGUUGCUCUCACCAUUAGCACCAUUACCUUCGUCAUGCUUUUCGUCGCAUGGCUAGCGGGCGUUCGCUUUGACAUCGCCUACGUGCAGUUCAAAGAGCAGAUAGGCCAGCUCCUGGGCCCAAAUUCGAAAGUUCCUACAGUUACGGAGAUUGUUACGAAAAAAAUCGCAGAGGUCACUGGGUACGGCGAGCUUUAA